AAUCAAACGCAUCCAAUUAAACUAAUAGAGCACUGUGUAAGCUUAAAUCUUUCACUUCUAUCCUUUCUGCUCCCUAUCUUUCUCUCUCUUCAGUAAUGAUGUGGGAUCGAUCAAGCCAAGUGGCACUCAUGCCCCUUCUUGUGACAGCCGUGGCGGGGUGGUUUACUACGUCGUCGGGAGGAUUAGCGGGGUAUAGAUCGGCGGUGGGGGAUCCGGGGAUGAAGAGAAAUGGUCUUCGUGUGGCUUUUGAGGGCUGGAACUUUUGUAAUGAAGUUGGUGCAGAGGCGCCUGGAAUGGGAAGUCCCAGGGCUGCUGAUUGCUUCGACUUAAGGGAAACUACUACUCUUAUGCCAGACGGCUGCGAGAAAGUCCAUCGAGAAGUUGUGCAUCUCGUGAGCGAGCAAGACAACAGAAUGGGGGCAAAUCAAACCGGCGAGAACGUGGAUCUCUACGCUGUGAAAAAAGAAAUGUAUCUGGGCACCAAGUGUGAGGUUAAUGACAAGCCGGCUCCAUGGCAUUAUUGGAUGAUAAUGCUCAAAAAUGGCAACUUUGACACCAAGUCCGACCUCUGCCCUUCCAAUGGAAAGAAGGUCGGCCCCUUCCCACCAGAACCUCGCUUCCCCUGCUUUGCUGAGGAAAGAUGCAUGAACCAGCCACUUCACUUCCACAACUACACCGCUUUGUCGGACAACGAAGACAGGCUCAAAGGAAGCUUUUUUGGUAGUUAUGAGCUCGACGCAGAUGUCAGCGAAGGAUUGAACGACAUCUCCUACUUCUCGGUUGUGUGGGAGAAGGAAUUUGGUAGCGGUGAGGAUAAAGGGUGGAAGUUUCAUCACUAUCUCAGGACAUCAGAGAAAUAUCCUUGGCUCAUGCUCUACCUCAGGUCUGAUGCGACGGAGGGCCUCUCUGCCGGCUAUCACUAUCCUGGUCGUGGGAUGACCAAGAUUAUCCCCGAGUCUCCUGACUUCAAAAUACGCUUAAGAUUAGAAAUAAAACAAGGCGGCGGACCAAAGAGCCAAUUCUACCUGCUUGACAUGGGUAGUUGCUGGAAAAACAACGGCCAGCCCUGCGAUGGCAACGUGGAGACCGACGUGACCCGCUACAGUGAAAUGAUCCUUAACCCUGAUACCACAGCCUGGUGCCACAAAGACAGCCUAAACAAUUGCCCGCCCUACCACACCUUCCCCAACGGCACCCGUAUCCACCGCAGCGACUCUGCCCGCUUCCCCUAUGCCGCCUACCACAUGUACUGCGCCCCCGGGAAUGCCCAGCACCUCGAACAGCCACACAAUCUUUGCGACGCUUAUAGCAACCCACAACCACAAGAGAUUCUGCAAAUCCUCCCGCAUCCUGCGUGGGGGGCUUAUGGCUACCCUACAAAGAAGGGAGAGGGAUGGAUUGGUGAUGCCAGAGCGUGGGAACUUGACGUUGGCUUGAUCUCACAGGUGCUUUACUUUUAUCAAGAUCCAGGCACCGUGCCGGUGAUAAGGAGGUGGACGUCACUGGAUGUUGGUACUGAGAUUUAUGUUAGUGCGAAUCAGGUGGCUGAGUGGACGCUCAGUGAGUUCAAUAUCCUCGUGCCCGACGAACCGGUGGCGCAAGGGUGAAUGGUUGCAGCAGGGUAAUUACACACACAACACUCAAAAUAUUGGCAUUUAUGGAAUCUAGCCCUCAUGUGAGAAUUUUAAAUUAUUAAAUCGAUAUAUUCAUUGAGAAUCUGAUAAAA